AUGGCCGAUUUCUGGUUGCUUCCAUUUAACACCACCACUCUCCACGCUACCAAACCAAACACGGCUUCUCUAGAUCCAGUUAUGUUCCUAAUGCUCCAAACACCCUAUUUUCCUCUUUUCACUUCUCUCUUCCUCUGUGUCCUGGUUCUGUUUUGGAAGAGAUUCAAAGCCAGAGGACUCAAAUCACCUCCUCCAGGGCCAUGGAAGCUGCCUGUUAUUGGAAGCUUGCAUCAUAUGGUUGGUCCGCUACCACAUCAUACAUUGAGAGACUUAGCCAAGAAACAUGGUCCCAUUAUGCACCUAAAGCUGGGCCAGUUGGAGGCUGUCAUAAUUUCCUCCUCCAAAGCAGCCCAAGAGGUGUUGAAGACACAUGAGCUUACAUUUUCUCAGAGGCCUCUGGUUUUGGCAGUACAAGUUAUGUCCUUUGGUCAAGCAAGUAUUGCCUUUGCUCCUUAUGCAGACUUCUGGAGAGAGCUGAGAAAGAUUUGUGUUUUUGAACUUCUCAGCGCAAAGCGUGUGCAGUCGUUCAGAUCAAUAAGAGAAGAAGAGGUAGGGAAUCUUGUUGAGUCCAUUUCCUCUGUAUCCCAGCAGGGAGUUGCUAUCAAUUUCAGUGAGAAAUGCUUCAACUGUUCUUUUUUUAAUUUUUUUUUGGCAAUGCAGGACAUCUUCUCUGCAGGGAGUGAGACAUUAGCUACUGCCAUAGAAUGGACAAUGUCAGAGUUGAUGAGAAACCCUAGAGUGAUGAAGAAGGCCCAAGCUGAAGUAAGACAAGUAGCCCUUGAAGGAAAGAAAAACAGAAUUGAAGAAGCAGAUGUUCAAAAAAUGGAUUAUUUGAAAUCAGUGGUGAAAGAAACUCUGAGGCUGCACCCUCCAACCCCAUUGCUCCCAAGAGAAGCAAGGGAAAGGUGCCAAAUCAGUGGAUAUGAAUUGCCACUUAAAUCAAAAGUGAUUGUCAACGAAUGGGCUUUAGGAAGAGAUGUGGAGAGUUGGGGGGUUGAUGCUGAGUGUUUUAAGCCAGAGAGGUUUCAUGGUUCUUCCGUUGACUUUAAAGGGCUUGACUUUGAGUUCAUUCCAUUUGGGGCUGGAAGAAGAAUAUGUCUGGGCAUAACAUUUGGGGUAACCAUGAUUGAACUUGCACUUUCUCAGUUGCUCUGCCACUUUGAUUGGAAAUUGGCCAAUGGGAUCAAACCAGAAGAAGUUGACAUGACUGAGACUUUUGGAGUGACGUGCAGGAGAAAGAGUGACUUGCACCUGAUCGCCACCCCUCGUUUUCGUUUACUCAACGAGUCAGAGUAA